AUGACAGAGAACUUGAAGAACGAUUACCAGGUCGGCGAAGAGCUAGGCCGAGGUCAGUUCGGGAUCAUUUACCGUUGUUUUUCAGUUAACUCCGGUAGAUCUUUCGCCUGUAAAUCCAUCAACAAGCUGCUUCUCUGUGACUCUACCGAUCGGGAAUGUAUUGUAAAAGAACCGAAGAUCCUCCAAAUCCUCCGUGGAAACGCUAGCAUCGUCCAGAUUCAUCGUCUCUAUGAAGACGAGAAUUCGCUCCAUAUGGUUAUGGAUCUCUGUGACGAACCGAAUCUCUUCGAUCACAUCUCGAAACGCGGAGGUGCGUUUUCGGAAUCUGAAGCGGGGUCGAUCUUCAUCCCGUUGAUCCAAGCGGUUAGUCAUUGUCAUAGACUUGGUAUCGCACAUCGGGACAUCAAACCGGAUAAUGUGUUGUUUGAUUCGACGGGGAAACUGAAGCUGGCGGAUUUCGGAUCCGCGGAGUGUUUCGGGAUGAAUGAGAGUGGGAUGAUGACCGGAGUGGUUGGGACGCCGUAUUAUGUCGCACCGGAGGUUUUGUUGGGGAGGGAGUAUAACGAGAAGGUUGAUGUCUGGAGUGCUGGUGUGAUUUUAUACAUAUUAUUGGCCGGAUGUCCUCCGUUCUACGGGGAAACGCCGGUCGAGACGUUUCAGGCAGUUUUGCGAGGGAAUCUAAGGUUUCCUCCGAGAAUUUUCAUGUCCGUUUCACCAGAAGCGAAGGAUCUGUUGCGGAAAAUGUUAUGCAAGGAUUCUUCGAAGCGAUUAUCAGCCGAACAAGUUCUAACAGGGCAUCCAUGGGUUACUAGCAGAUGCCAAACUUGA